AUGGUGAUCGUGGCUCCCAUGGCCAUGGCUGCCAUGUCCGUGUCCAUCGAAGUCACCAUGAUGACCGUGGCUCCCUUCGAAGUUGAAGCCGUCUUCAUGACUAUCGAAGUCACCAUGUCCAUGUCCUCCGAAGUCACCAUGUCCGUGAUCAUAGCUGCCGUGGCCGUGACUGCUUCCGUGGCUUUGGCCGUGUCCGUGUCCGCUUUCAUGUCCUCCGAAGUUUCCUUCGCUGUGGCUACCAUGACCAUGUCCUCCGAAGCUUCCUUCACCGUGGCUACCAUGACCAUGUCCUCCGAAGCUUCCUUCACCGUGGCUACCAUGGCCAUGUCCUCCAAAGUUUCCUUCACCGUGGCUACCAUGUCCACUCACAGACCCUCCGAAGUUACCAUGACUUCCUUGACCGUGUCCGCCUUCGGGUUUUCCAAAGACACCUUCAACCUCUUCACUUCCGUGGCUUCCAUGGCCUCCAAAACCACCUGA